UUCUCCUCUCAAGGAGAAAGGAAGAAGCUCUGGAAGUCCCCAUGGUGGCGGGAGAUGGAGAAUGCCGUGACGACGAGGCGGCGAUGCCACUGAAACUGGCUGCGAUCGCCGCGAUCCUCGUCUCCAGCAUCGCCGGCGUGGCGAUCCCACUGGCCGGGAGACGGCGGCGGUUCCUCCGCCCCGACGGUGGCGGGUUCGCCUUCGUCAAGUCCUUUGGAGCGGGCGUGAUCCUGGCGACGGGAUUCGUCCACAUGCUCCCCGAGGCGACAGAGUCGCUGGCGGACGCCGCCAUGCCGGUGCGGGCGUUGCCUGAGUUCCCAUUCGCGGGCUUUGCGGCGAUGAUCGCCACGCUCGGGACGCUCGUGCUGGACUUCGUCGGAACGACGUUCUACGAGCGGGAGCACGGGGCGGAGAAGGGGAAGCAGAAGGAGCCGAGGGUUGGGGUCUGGUCCCAGGGGAACGGCGAGGUCGACGGCAACGCAAUGCGCACCAUCGGGGUGCCCGCACGCGCCGCGGCGCAUGGGGAGAUGGGCUGGGGAGCGGUGCCUUCGCACGUGCGGCACGUCGUCGUAUCACAGAUCCUGGAGCUUGGGAUUGUUUCACACUCAGUGAUUAUAGGCUUGUCCUUGGGGGUGUCACGAAACCCAUGCACUAUCAGACCCCUAAUAGCUGCCUUGUCCUUCCACCAGUUCUUCGAGGGAUUUGCGCUGGGAGGAUACAUCUCUCAGGCUCAAUUCAGCAGUCUCAAGGAAACGGUAAUGGCGUGCUUCUUUGCCUUGACAACACCUGGAGGGAUCGGCCUGGGCCUCUCAGUGGCAUCAUUUUAUGAUCCUGAUAGCCCGGCAGCCAUGGUGGCGGAGGGACUUCUGGACUCCAUCUCUGCAGGCAUCCUGAUCUACAUGGCGCUGGUGGAUUUGAUCGCUGCCGACGUCCUCGACCGCCUCAAGAACAGCAGCAUAUCUCUCCAGGUUGGCACCUGUGUCGCCCUUUUCUCUGGUGCUGGACUCAUGUCUCUGCUGGCCUUAUGGGCCUGAAGUAUACGCGAUGCUGCAGUCUUUGGAAGACCCAGGCUAGUUAAUCGAGAGGCCAUCUUUUGUGCUAUGCAUCCUCCCACUCUCGAUCCCAUGUAAAAGUUCCUACUGUACAAACUCUGUAAGUUCCUCUAUUAAUAAAAGCAGGGUGGUAGAUCCUCAUGUUCGGUAAAAAAA